CUCUCUGCUUGUGAACUAAAUACCAAUGACAACAGACAAACUGACACCCACCCACUCAUUCAGUCACUCAGUCGGCUGGGUCAGGCUGCAGCCCCCUCUCGCUGCCCUCCCCGACACAAUCCUUGGUAACGGGGAGCGUGAGCGCCCACACAGGUUACGCUGCCCAGUCUGACCUCACCUUUCCUUCCCUGAGGAGACAGGCACAACUUAAGACAACCCCCUGAGGGUCCUUCAGGACAGAGGCAGCCAUGUCACAGUUCUCCACCAUGACAACCACAGAGAGGAAAAUGCAGGCAGCAGCAAUCUGCAGGGAGUUUCAAGCCCAAGAAGAUAUAGAAAUGGAUCUUGGGAAGAAAAUGAGUGUGCCUAAGGACAUCAUGCUGGAGGAGCUGUCUCUUGCCUCCAACCGGGGCUCUCGCCUCUUCAAAAUCCGCCAGAGACGAUCAGAAAAAUACACUUUUGAGAGCAUCCAGAACCAAAACAACAAGCAGCUCAAUAACAUAGCCGUCUCCCAAACUGAGAAUGGGAAUACCACAGACAGCCACAGCAGCAAGAGCAACGUAGGUGUUAACCAGCCACCAAAAGUGACAUCUGACACAACGGCUACGGUGCCAGAUCCCACCAGUAUUGCCCCGGGGUAUGGAGGUCCUUUGAAAGACAUCCCUCCGGAGAAGUUCAACAGUACAGCUGUGCCAAAGUCCUACCACUCACCCUGGGAGCAGGCCAUUAUCAAUGACCCAGCCUUGGCUGACACUCUCACCACCCGCAUGCCAGAGCUGGAGCCCCGACAUGACCUGCCAGGGUACAAAAGCUUCAACAGGGUGGCAACCCCUUUCGGUGGUUUCAGCAAGGCACCCAGGCCUGCUCCCCUCAAGACCCUUCAGGUAGAAAUCCUCCCAGAGCUCCCGGAGCUCCAAGGGGACGCCCCGGUAAUUCGACCCUCCUUCAACAGAUCUGCUCUGGGGUGGGUGUCUACGGGUGGUGCAGCCCCCCUCCUUGUUGUUUCUCCUGAGAAUGUGCUCAUCCCUGAGUCAGAAGACCUUUGAGCCCAUACUGAAGUCACACAGAGAUGCUGUCUACUUAGCUGCUUCACCCGAGGUUGUUGUUUGUGGAGUGAUGCUUGAGUCAGAACAGAGUGAGGGUGAGAGGGAGCAUCCUGUUGGGUGUUGCUGGUUCAAGUUAGCAUGUAUGUGGCCGCCUUUGGUUUUGCCAGUGAGGUUAAUGAUUGCACUGCAGGGUAUACACACACACACACACACUGUUAACACUAUAGAAAACUGUUGUAUAUUGAUGUUCAUAAAAAGAUUUUAUCUUACAGGUACACAUUUUUGCUCAAUAAAGUGGCUUAGAAUGAUCCAAAAUCCAAUUUGAAUUUUUCAUUUUUUUUAAUUCAUUUAAAAAUAAUUCAAAGUUAGAUUUUCUGCUACGAGGGGGGGGGGGCAUUUCUGGUUUGCAAAAUAUGUAAUAAUUUCAGAGUGAGUUGGUAUAAGCUACAGUGAAGCCUCACGUGAGUGAAAGAUGCUGCAUCUGUGUGCCAUAGUCCUAUGCAAAUCUCUCACUUAUCAUAGCGUGUGAGAGGCUCAAGAUUCAUGUGAGCCAAUGUAACAUGCCUCAAGGUUACACUGCCUGACAAAGCAAAUCUGUUUCAGUGAUAUGAGCGACUUGACUGAUGUGUCUCUCUCCUUCUGGCUAC